UAGGAAAUGCUGUAAUAAAGUGCUCUCAAGAAAAGCUUAGUGGAGCGAAGUUUAAAUUUGUGUUUAUAACAAAUGACUCAAAUAGUUAGAUAAACGAAUUCUAGAUUAUUUCAAUGUUGAAUUACCGUACAGUACGACACACUAAACAUAUAAGCUCAGAAAAAGCCAAACCAGCAGCAGAAUGUCAAAAAAGAAGUCACAAAAAUGGUCCAAGAAAGAUCUUGAUAGUGCUUUUGAGAAGUUUCUACAAGAGUCUGUUUCUGAUGAUUCAUUUGAUGCUGAUCGCUACCAUGAAAACUCAUCUAAGGUGAAGGAAGAUCUACCCUGGUGGAUGAAAGAGGGUGAACAAGAGAAAGGCACACCUACAGGUGCUAGUAAAUGGCUAAAGCCUAAAAAACAAUCAACACCAUUGAAAGAGGAAGAACACGAUGAACCACAGGAGGCAAAACCUAAACAGUUGGUUAAGACUGGCAGGCCAAGGGGAGAUGCUGAGGUGGCCAUGAGCAGAGAUAGCCUAGAAGAUGGUCAUAAAAUUGCUAAUAAUGCUAAACAAAGUGACGUGGAAUCAAGAUCCGAGAGUUUUGAUGAAAGCCUUAGUAAUACCGGGGAGGAGUUUGGAGAUCAUAUGUUAGCUUCUACUGGUCCAGAGAGAGGCUACCUAUCAUCAACUGGCCCAGGCAUUGAUACCCUAGCAGAAAUUGCUGACAAAGAGCAGUUCUUUAAAGAUCUGGAGGAGAAAAAUGAUGGGAAGACAAUUGACUUCAGCAAGCUAAAUGCUGAGUCUGAUGUAACAGGAACACUUAAUAUGACAGGAAAAACAAGGUUACCUUCUGAAAAUACUGUUCAUGCCAAAAAUAGAGAAGAUUUCAGUGAAAGACUGGCUUCACCAAACUCUAAUAUUGAGGAAUAUUCCCCUGAAAUUAAGAGCAACAAGAGACCAAAGUCCAGCAUGCUUUCUAAAGUUGCACUCUUAGAUACAGCUGAGUCCACCCUCAAUGUUGGUAAGCAGGAGGACAGUAAGUGGCCAAGUGGAGAUGGAACAAAGAGUGCUGUGAGCUCCAAAACAACUGCAUCUCAAAGAAAAAUGCAACCUGAAAGCCAAGAUUUACUAGACGCAGGGACAGGAACUGAGCUUGAGGCUCUCCAUGCUGCUCUGAGGAAAGCAAGAGGCGAUGUUUUGUCAGAUGGCACAAAGGGUCAUGGCUCAGAAACUGAAGAAGAUGAUGAUGAUGAUUCAAUUGUAGAAACGAAAGAUCCCAAUGCUAGAACUGUUGAUGAUAUACUUCGCGAAGUUCAAGAAGAGAGGCAGCGCCACCUAGCUUCAAAUUUGAGUGAUGAUGAGUUUAGGACCAGCGUUGAUGGCAGAGGUGAGCAUGGACCAGCCUAUCGGAGUCAAUUCAAUGCCAACAGGAGCCUUGAUUUAGAUUCCAACCCAGAAAGAGACAACAGUACAAGCAACAGGGGGCUUGGCAACCAAUUAGCAACUGAGGAUGAAGAUAAUAACAGGGGAUUUAGCCUCCAACCAGCCACAAGAAAUGAAACUGAUAAUAGGGGGUUUAGCCUCCAACCAGCCACAAAAAAAGAAACUGAUAACAGGGGGUUUAGCCUCCAGCCAGCCACUCAACAUGAAGAUGUUGACAGGGGUUUUAGCCUCCAGUCAGCCACUCAACAUGAAGAUGUUGGUAGGGGUUUCAGCCUACAACCAGCACUCAAAGAAAAUGAUGCUCAUGGAUUCAGCCUCCGUCCCGCUUCACAUGUUCCUAGUAGUGACAGGUUCUUUACUGCUAGUGCUGAUGAUGAAGAUUCGUUUAACAGACUACCAUCACCAUCCAAGCCACAAAAUAGAGGUACUAAAGGAAAGUAUAGUCACGUGAAGAGUUCAGGGUAUGGACCACCAAAGCUGACAUCACAAGCAGCAUGGUCACCUGCACAGGUGGCUAAACACAAGAUCAAAGGUUCAGAGUCGGCUAAUAGGACAGGUAGAACCAGGGCAGGGGAUAAGAACCUGGUGCAGUCGGUAGAAUCAUUUGCGCACUACAUUCAAGAUCACUUCAGCCGAGGGAAAAAGUCACCGCCACCAGAAUGGUCAAACAAUGAGCCAAAUCUCUCUGCCAGUCUAAAAGAUUCAAAGAUUCAGAUCAUCUCACGAGAGAGGGCGCUGGUUGCCGAAGUAGCUGAGUGGCAGCAGAGAUGGAAGGAGGAGCAACGGCAGAAUUGGAAAUUAAAAUCAGAAAUAGCAUCAAAAGAGCGAGAAUUUGCCAGAAAGAUGGAAGAAUCAAAAUUGCAUCAUGAAAAAGAGCUUUUCAAGUUAAAACAAGAUAAUUUUGUCUUACAAGCAAAGGUCAACAGUGAAGAAGAACAAGAAAAAAUGAAGAAAAGGUUGGCUUCUGGAAAAUCUGUUGAUGAGAUUAGCAAAGAGGAGGUGAAGCUGCUACACAAGGAGGUUAUUGAGCAAGAGACACUUCUACAAGGAUAUCAACAGGAGAAUGAACGUUUGUAUAGUGAAGUGAAAAAGUACCAACAUAUUACAAAGGAAACUGAAGAGAGAUUGUUUAAGGAAAAUCAGAAACUAAAUACAGACAUUGGCAACCUGAGAGAACAACUGGAGCGGAAGGAGCUAGCCCUCAGGCAUAAGGGAAUCAUCACCAGUGACAGAGCACAAAAGGACAUCAAGGCUGGAGCCACCGCUGUGUUAGGAGCUGGACGAAUUGCUCAAUUGGAGGCUGAAGCUGUUGAAGCAAAGAUUGUUGAAGCAGAGUUAAAGCAACGGAUUCGCCAAUUGGAAGAGGGAGAGAGGGAGGUAAAGAACCAUAUAGAGUUGAUGGUACGGGAACGAAACCUAGCUCAAGAAACCAUCAAAGCAAUGAAGGAUGAAAAAAUCAACGAGUUUCAGGCACUUCAAAAGACCUAUGACGGAGAAGUAGAUAAGCUGAAAAAGAAACUGAAGUGGUAUGCAGAAAAUCAGGAUUUAUUAGAUAAAGAUUAUCAAUCACUGAAAGAGAAAGAUGAGCAACUGAAGAUGCUAAGAGAUGAAUUGGAAAAUUAUAGAAAAGAGAAAAGCCAAAAGUCCACAGAGACACAGAGGAGAGCUCAAGAGAGGGCAGCAGAUGCUCGUAGAAUACAAGACCUUCAAAGACAGGUGAAAGAGAUGGAGGAAAUUAUCAAGAAACGAUAUCCAAAUUCUCUACCUGCAUUAAUAUAUGCAGCAGCAUCUGCUCCAGGCCAGGCCCAAGAUAAAGAUGCUCCUAAGGCCAAGUCACACACCAUGUCGUACCUGGAAGGUAGGGUACACAAGCUGGAAGAGGAACUUGAAGAAAAGGAUGAAGAAGCUAAGAGAGGGCUUAGGGUUAUGGAACAGAAAUUUAAUAAUGUUAAGAUUCAGUAUGAGGAAAGGAUCAAAACACUUGAGAAUCAAUUAUUCCAGUACACAGCAAAUCCAGCAUCAACAACUAGUCGUCCCCACACCAGUGUCAUGGUGCUACAAAAAGAACUACAAAGUGUUAAAGAACGUCACAAAACCAAAAUCCAGAGUAUGCAAGAAGAAAUGGAGCUUAUGCAGAAAAAACUAGCAGGAAAGAAGGAGACCAGCAACAAAACUGAACCCUAUAAAACAAUUGGUGUGCAGCCUAACCAGGUCCAAUUAAAACAAUUGACAAGUGAAUUGGAAGAAAAGACCCAUGAGAUGGAGCUUUUGAAGGCAACUUGUGAGAAAUUGAUGAUGGAGAGAGUUGCAACCAUGACAACCAAUACAGGACCAACCAAAAGCCCAUCUGGGAGCAAACGUGGCAAAAAGUCAGGCACUCAACCAGAUGAAAGUCGGGCAAAGGUGUACCAUCCAGACAACUUUGCAGGCCUUCACAUAUCAGAAGUUGUACAGGAAAAUGACAGGCUAAAGCAAGAGUGCAAUAGAUUAUCGUUAGAAAUGGAGCAGCAGCGACUUAAAUUACAGGCCUCGCUUGCAGAGAGUGAGGGCGCUAUUAGACGAAUUAAGGAAGAGAAAGCAGAAGAAAUAGCCAGACUGAAAUCUGAUCAGAAAUCAGAGAUUGAGAGGUUGAUAAGUAAUGCUGCAGUAAACAAUUCUGAGUCGGCAAACUCUAAGCUGAGAAGCAAGGUAGAGACACAAGAGGUUACCAUAAGACAUCUCCAGCAACAGCUAUCAAGUUCUCGUAUCAGUGCCGAUGCCCUUGCAGUUGCUAAGAUACAGGAAGAAACUCUUAAAGUUCAGGUGGAACAGUUAACAACAGAGUUACAAGAAGCAAAAGCAUGUCACAGUCCAGAAAUGAAACAUUUUGAAGCCCUACAAGCCAAGAUAGUUGCCAUGGAAAACAGACGUUUUGACCGCGAAAAAGAGAUGAAGAUUCUUAUGGAACGUACUCAAGAGACAUUACUGGCUGAAGCUAAUCAGCAAUUAGCAAACUACAAGCAACUAUUGCUCUCCAAAAACACAGAAUUACAGCGAUUCCGUGCGGAAUUAGACUCCAUUUUGGAGGUGCUAAAAGAACUCCACAAUCAAGGUGUUAUAUUACCCACAAUGCCUUCUAAAACUACCUCAUUGUUAAGGUGACAGAAUCUAAACUGGAGUGCAGUCAACAAAGUUAUUAUUAUUAAACCAAUUAUGAAGGUACAUGUGUUAAAACAGGAGAGCUGUAUUGAUUUGAGUAGUUCACUGGCAUUUUAUUACUUACAAAAACUCAGAUUUUAAACUUAAUAUGUUUAUUUCAGUUCAACUGUACAAUUUACCAAUAUAUAUUAUAUUUAUGUUAAAUGUCUAAAGAUUAGUUUUUUUUUGUAAUAUAAUAAAAAUAUUUCCAUCUGCAAUUAUUGAACAUGUGGCAUAGGGAAUUGCAGUAGUUUUAAGUCGAGGAAAUAUUUUAUAGAAUGUUUAUAUCAACUACACUAAAAAUAUAUAAUAAUACAGUAUACAGUACUAAGAUGUUCCAGUUUUCACUUAAUAUGAGCAGUUAGCUUCUUUCCAUUAAUACUUUUAAAAUUAAUAACUGUUUUUUGAAAAAAUGUAUAGUACUAUACUGAUAAUAAUUAAAGGAAAUAUACACUGAUAUUUAAAAACAAGUCUGGCGCCCUCUAUAUUUGUCAGAAACACUUCCAGUUUAUUGAUAUACUGUCUGCGCUGCAUCAAUAAAUUUUUAAAAAUAUAAUUCACUAUUUUAAUUUAUGAGCUUUCAUUGAAAAAUUAGAAUUUGAAAAUAUUCUUCUCUCCAAAUAUUUUUUUGCGUAUAUUUGCAUAUAAAUUUAUUUUUGCAUAUAUCUUACUGUUUAAAAUCUUAAAACCUUAAAAUUGCAUUGGUAUCUUUUGGAAGAGUGGGGGAAUCUCCGGAUGCUUUUGUUCAUUUUAACCCUUGUUUUGUGGAUUUUUGUGAACAUGCAGCUACUAUAAGCGCCUCUUUAUGGUGGCUAGGUAGCCAUGUACCACGCCCCCUAUUCAGCACAAUGACAUUACUGGUUAUUAUGGGUUACUCUACUUUUCCCAUUACAUUUAAUGUAUAAAUUGAAUAUUUAAUGGUUUUCAUAUUUGUUCACAGACAGUAUACAUUAAUUGAUGUAGUUAAUAUAAUUCAAUAACAGUAUAUUAAAAAUAAUAUCUGUAAUGCUGUAUUUAAUAUAUUUUAUAAUCAUAUACAGUACCAGUAUAUAAGAUAGUAAUAUCUUUAUCACUUGUGAGAUUUGUUCACAAGCAUUGGAAACGUACUGAGCAUUCAGUACAAUAAUAUGUCAGGUAGGGCAGACAUCAGUCAUACUAUCUUUAUUACUCUGUAGUUGAUAUAUUUUAUACUGUAAUAUAAAUUUGUUUUUGUUGUAUACAAACAAAUAAUUUACAAUUAAUACAAAUAAUUCAAACAACAUGAUGAUUGUUUGAAUAAACUGUUCAUAAGAAAUAUUGUAUUCAUGUGUUCAUAAGAAAUAUUGUAUUCAUGUGUUACAGUUUUGUGCCAAACUCUCCAGAUGUGUCCUCAAUUCAGCAGACAAUCCAUCAUCUUUUCCUUUUGUCCAUACAACUUAUUUCCACGGUAUACUUAAAUAUGUCUCCUUCAAUCUCUGCCCGCAUGAUCAAGUUAUAUACCCAUGAUUUGGGCAUGUAUGGGUUUUAUAUGACAAAUGUGCCAAUAUUUGGGCAAAAUAACAUAAGUGUUAUUCUCAUGUAAAAAUGUAAUAGCCACACAUACAUUCAAUUUUGUUAGGUGCAUUAGAUGCAAAAUGAAGCUACGCAUUACAUUGCAACCAAUCACAAAAUGGGGGCUCAUUAUGUUUUUUUUAAGGAAUUAUUAUUUAAUUAAAUGAUUGAUUACAGACUUAAAAAUUGAAACCAAGGGAUUCGUGAAUUAUGUAGGGUCAGUGGGAUGAAUAGGUUAUAUCUUACUGUGCCACCUUCUAAUUAAAUCAAGAUGAAAGGUUUAAUAAUUAUGAGCAACUGAUUCUGCCGGCUGUGUAUUAACCAUAAAUUGCUUUGUUAUUCAUAAUUACUGUACAUUGAUGUCACGCUAUGGAGCUAAUUACACCAUGAAUAAAUGCAUCAUGUACUGGCACUCUGCCGAUAGUUAAGCUGGUAGUAUUAUGUAUUUUGCAUAAUAGUCAUAAAACAUGUGCUAAUGGUAUUUACAUUUUAACAUGUUUACUUAUUCUGGCUUAUGUAAUGUUUUCUUAUGAGGAACCAUUUUGUGUCAUCUUGCUAAGCGUUUUGAUUAAACGCAAAACUGAUUGAGCCCCGUGGACUUAUAAUUAAUGCUGAGUUUUACCAGGAUUAAGCCAAUAAUGCUUAGGAUAGGAGGAUUCCAACCAUGACCUCAUAACGGAAAAUCAUUCAUCGUUGUGUAAGCAUGACGUCACAACGUAUUUUCAUGUAUCACUUAAAAUAGUAUGUAUCUUAAAUCAUAUUUUAUGAUAUUGGAUCCUUGAAUCGUGUUACCUAUUCCAUUUAUUUCGAAAUGCAAUACACAUGUAAAUGUUCCAUUAAGAAAGAAUGUCAUAAUAAUUUGACGUACCGUUAAAAACAACCCCCACGUGCACUAACAAUAUUAUAAACAUUCGCUCUUGAAUACAACUUGCUUUUAAAACAAAUCAGGUUAAUACAGAGGGCCAUUUGCUCGUAACAGUUGCAGCCCGAAAUUGUCAACUGAUCGCCUCAAUGCGUGUGGUAUCGGGAGUAAUGUUAUCUCAUUAAGAUGCAUGUUAUCUGGAUUUCUAGUCCUUUAAUCUAAAUUUCUAGUAAUUUAUGGAUAGUGUAUGGAAUUAUUCUUCAAGUCGGUCGAUACUUGAGUCGACUUUGAAUAUAUAUCAAUUAUGUAAUAACGUACCGUCGUGGCCUGACGUCACUUCUACGAUUAUUUUAGCGCAAUUAGAGUAUUGCUUCAUUAACUCUUGUGUGUCUUACAGUAUCAGUGCUAAUACAGGAUCAUCAACUAUCUCAUGCAAAGACUAUUAAUAACUUCUGAGCCAUGCGAAUCAUAACUGUUUUUGAGAUGUUAGGCCUAUAUAAUAAUUGUUUAUUUCCCAUGAAUCCAUCGGUAUUACUUCUUGAUGAAAUACAUAUUUACCAAGUACGUGUAAAUUUAA